CUGAGGGGGGGAGAGCAACAAGAGAGAGAGGGAGAGAGAAUUCCACAUUCUCAAUCUCUCAUUAUUGUUUCUUUUAUUUAACUUCAUUUGUGAAUUUUUGAUUCGAAUUUGUAAAUUAUUGGUGUAAAUUAGAACUGGAUUGGAUGGCGGAGCAGAAAGGAAGGUGGAACUGGGAGGUGACGGGGUUUGAGCCGCCGAGGAAGUCACCGGAGCGGGAGGAUCAUUAUCAGAGACCUCCGCUGUUGGCUCGGAGGUACUCGAUUUCUACGUCUUCAUUUUCGACGCAUUCUGAGCUCUCCAAGCAUGCUCUCAGCUCCAAGCUUUUCAAACUGAAGGAUAAAGUCGAGCAUGUGAGAGAGGAUUACAUGGAGCUUAGACAAGAAGCCGUUGAUCUUCAAGAGUACUCAAAUGCAAAAAUGGAUCGCUUGAUGCGAUAUCUAGGUGUACUUGCUGAUAAAACUCGUAAACUAGAUCAGGCUGCGGUUGAAAUGGAAGCUAGAAUGUCUCCUCUGAUAUAUGAGAAGAAAAAAUUGUUUAAUGACUUAUUGACUGGCUAA